AUGAGAUCAGGGACAGAGAAGAAAGCAUUAGAAAGGACUAUCUUAGAAGCUGAACAUAUUAAAAUAACAUUCAAAACUCUAUUAGUUGACUUAUAAAUAGGAUCAUAAUAUCACAAUUAAAGAACAAUGAUCACAUAUCUUACAACUCAAUUAAUUUAAACUCUCUUCAACUCCAAUAAAGCAUCGAAUGUUAUAAUUAUUUGUGCAUAUAAACAUCUAUAGUUUGAUGUCUUAUAUUUUCUAUGAUUAUACCAAGAAAACAUUUGUGAUUGACAUUUUGUUUAGAAGUAAGCCAUCCUUAAAUUAGAACUAGUUCUUAAAUAUUCAAUAUAAAAUUUUGAUUAAAAUUCUAUAUACUUUUCUAAUUGUGAAAUUUCGUAAUUAAAUUAAUAAAAUGAGUUCACCUGAUAAAUCACCAUUAUUCAAGUUUAUUAUCAUUGGAGAUGCAGGUAUUUAUCAACAUUCAAAAAUUCUAAGGAGUUGGAAAGUCUUGUUUAUUGAUGAGAUACAUGAAGGAUGAUUUUACAACAGAAUACAAUGUGACUAUAGGAGUGGAAUUCCUAUCAAAAGUUGUCAAUAUCAACGAUGAUACUAAAGUGAAACUAUAAAUUUGGGAUACUGCUGGUCAAGAGUCAUUUAGAUCUGUAGUCAGAUCAUUUUAUCGAAAAGUGGCUGCAGUUUUCUUAGUCUACAGCAUCACAAAGUAUUAAGUUCAUAUUGAAAUUUAAUAGCAAACAAUCCCUUGAACGACUCGAUUCGUGGUUAAAGGAGGCGAAGGAUCACUCUUCCCCAUCGAUUAUCACAGUAUUAGUUGGUGCUUAGAAUGAUAGAGAAUCAGAGUACUUAUAAUAUUAUAUGCAAUAGACGAGAAGUAUCUUAUGAAGAAGGCAAAUAUUGGAUGGAAACAAAUGGGCUUAAUCUAUUUUUUGAAACCUCCUCAAAAACAAGAGAAAAUGUGGAUGAGGUUAAUAUUAUUAAUCUAUAAUGAGGCAUUUGCUGAAACAGCUAAGUUAGUAUUCUUAAAUCACAUAAAUGGAGGUGCCAAUAAUGAAGCUAAAUUGCCUGCUCUUAAUUAAACAGAUUUAAGUGUAAAGAAGCUUCAUCAACCUUUGGAAAAAUAGGAAAAAAAAAAUGAUGAAAACAAAAGUUGCUGUUGA